CUUUCACAUUCAGCAUUUCUCCUCCCUCCAAGAAGAGUAUUGACACUGAAGCAGCGGCAACAGCUGCGAAAGACAAACAUGAGUGUGAAGGGCAUGGUUAUAGCCUUGGCUGUGAUAGUCUGUGCUACAACUGUUCAAGGCUUCCCCAUGUUCAAAGGGGGACGCUGUCUUUGCAUAGGACCUGGAGUAAAAGCAGUGAAAGUGGCAGAUAUUGAGAAAGCGACCAUAAUUUAUCCGAGUAACAACUGUGACAAAAUAGAAGUGAUUAUCACCCUGAAAGCACAUAAAGGACAAAGAUGCCUAAAUCCUAAAUCGAAGCAAGCAAGCAUUAUAAUCAAGAAAAUUGAAAGAAUGAAUUUUUUAAAAUACCAAAAUGUAUGA